AUGGUGACACGCGGGCUGGCGACGUUGAAUCUGGCCGCCACCCUUUCCAAACUAGAUUUUUUCUGCCGAAAAUGCGAUAUCAAAACGUUAAAGAAAGUAUCAUUUCUGCUCGGAUCUCGAGAGGGAACGACCAAAUCUGCCUUAAGGGACGAGUUAUUGGCGCAAGGGGGACUGUUAGCGAAGCUUAGAAAUACAGGAGGUGUCGCUGGGUCGUUGAAUUUGGUAGCGGUCGACAUUGGAGUCGAGAAUUUUGCAUUUUGUCGAUUGGCACUGCGUGCAGACGAGGCUCGCUCGCAGCUUGUCGAGUGGUCCAAGAUGCAAUUGAGCAAUGGCGAUGAUACAAGCAAGUUCAGCCCUUCGGUCAGUGCACAGCUCGCUAAAAAUUUGACACAACGGUUGAGUCGGUUGGGUCCGAGUGUGUUUGUUCUGGAACGACAACGUACACGAACCGCAGGAUCUGCGAACGUGUUCGAGCAUGUUUUGCGUGCAAAUGUGUUGGAACAUGUAUUGUUUACGUUGCUGCAAAACCAGCGUUUUCUAGGUGAUGAUAGCCUUCAGCAUCAGGUCUAUUCGUCGGAUCCGCGCCGGAUGACUGAGUUUUGGUGCAAAUUCAUCGGUGUAACGAGUCCAGGGAAUCUAGAGGGAUCAAAUGAUCAAGCUAAGUCUUCAAAAACAGCUACAAAAUCUCUCAAGAUCAAAAUCGCCAAAGCGAUCAUCGCGGCAGCUCUGUCAUCAGACCUGGCCAGCCUACCCACGUUUGUUCCUACAGUGGCUCCAGCAGUCAAGAGCCAACUGGUGUCCUACUUCAACAAGGGCAAAAGACUCAAUCUGUUCGACGCACUCCAACUCACAACAGACGCCGGCCGUCGCAAAGAAGAUGAUCUCGCAGACGCGCUGUUGCAUGGGCUUUCGUGGCUUACAUGGGUGACGAAUUUCGACCGCUUGGGCCAGCUGCUUGCCAAGACGACAUGCGACGAGACUGGGUUGCAGCAGUUCAAGAGCAGAGUCCAAUUGCUAACCGUAGAACACGUUAAAGCUACAAACGCAAUACUUCUUCAUAUCACCUAA